AUGCCGUCUCCUAAAAGCAAGCCCCCGGGUCGCAGUGGGGCCAGUCCGGUGGUCACAGGCUCUGACCGCUUUGACUUCGCGUCUAUGAACAAGUCCCUGCUGCAGCGGCAGGGCUCGGACCCCACCACAGCCAGACUCAGAGCAUCCGAGAGCCCUACACGACGCAGGGGUUCCAGCUCCUCCACCGGCUCCGCCAGCGGACAGGGGCCCGAGGAGGAUGGCAUCCGGGUGAACCCAUCCUUCCUGCGGGUAGCGCUCAGCUCCCUUCUCGCCAUCGACCUGUGGAUGUCCAAGCGGCUAGGGGUGUGCUCCUGUGAAGACUCGUCCUGGGGCAGCGUUCGGCCCCUGAUGAAGCUGAUAGAGAUAUCCGGACAUGGCAUCCCUUGGCUGGCGGGGACCGCGUACUGCAUGUAUAAAAGCGACAGUGCAGCAGGACAAGAAGUCAUCCUCAACCUGUUCAUGGGUUUGCUCUUGGACCUGGUUUUGGUGGCUAUUGUGAAGGCUGUUGUGCGGCGGCGGCGCCCAUCUCAUAAUCGAAUGGAUAUGUUUGCGACAUUUUCCGUCGACCGGUAUUCCUUUCCCUCAGGCCACGCCACUCGGGCUGCGAUGUGUGGCCGCUUCCUGUUGGCCCACCUGGUGUUGGCUGCUCCUUUGAGGGUCCUGGUUCAGCUCUGGGUCGGGAUCGUGGGUCUAAGCAGAGUGAUGCUGGGAAGACACAAUGUUACUGAUGUGAUGUUCGGCUUCUGGAUGGGAUACUGCCAAUACAACCUGAUCGAGAUGUUGUGGAUCUCACCACAGACACUGCAAGGGCUGCUGGGCUUUGUGUUUUGA